AUGAGGAUACGCAUGCCCUUCGCCGGCAUCUUCGCCGCCCUCCUCCUCCUCUCCGCCUACGCCGGCUUGUCCUCCCUACACAUGCCCCAAGGCGCCCUCCUCAACGACAAAACGCUGCACUUUUUCGUCUUCUUCCUUUUGACUACAACCUUCUACUGGAUCCUCGACACCACGCGCCGACGCAUCCUCCACCUUACCUUAUCCGUCUGCACCCUGGGCAUGGGAGUGGGCUCCGAGUUCGUUCAGGCCGCGAUCCCUGACAACGGAAGGGAAUUCGAUCCCUAUGAUAUUUUGGCGAACCUUGUGGGGAGUUUGAUGGGACUGGGAUUGUGUGGGUGGUAUCAUAAGCGGAUGUUGGAGAGGAGGAGGGUGAGGAAAUAUACUGCUCUGCCGACUGGGGAGGAACUUGUUGAUGGUGAAGGGGAUCUUGAUCUAGAGUUGGGAGAAGGUGUGGGUGUGGUGAGGAGGAGUGGGGAGCAUGAGGAGGGCGUUGUUGUUGCUGCUUCUGCUGCUUCUGGCCCUACUGCUGCUUCUCCGGCUGCGGCUGCGGCACCAGCUACGACGGCGAAGAAUAUGUCGCUUGAGGAGGAGUUGGAUAAUUGGGAUGAGAACGCGGUGGAUGCGUGGGAUGAGGAUGAUGAGGCGGGUGAUGUGGGCGGUAGUGGUGCUGGUGGAAAGAGCGGGGAUGCUACUAAGGAUGUUGGGGCUGCUAAGAAGCGGGUUGAUUGA